CAACGGGAUGUGUCCAUGGCCGAGCUGAACCAGCUUCGGUCGCAGCUGGCGGUGGUGAAGCAGUCUGCGCGGCGGUCGCUGAGUGAGAAGGAGGACGAGCUGGCCCGGCUGACGGCGGAGAACGCCGAGCUGCAGGCGCUGCUGGCGGACCAGGCGGCGUCAGCGUCGGUGGCAGAGCGGCAGCACCGUGUGGAGAGCCUCAAUGCGCAGCUGGUCAAGGUUAAGACGCAGCUGGAUUCGAUUGAGAGCGAGCGGGCGCAGCUGCGGGCACAGCUGGAAUCUGCCAUGGCCGAGCGUGAGCGGACGCAGUCUAAGCUGACCAAGGCCAAUGCGGUGGCGCAGUCGCUCGAGGACGAGCUGGUGGCGUCGACUGAGGAGGCUGCGCAGCUGGAGGCUCAUCUGCGGGAGCUGGAAGCCGAGCUUGCGACGCCGCUGCCGACGCGCGGCGAGUCGGAGACUGCACGCCGGCUGUACAUGAACCUGGCAACAGUGCGACAGGAGCAGGAGAAGCUGCGGGGCCAGCUGGCGACGGCCAAGAACGACUGUGACGUCAAGCGUGCGCAGCUUGUCGAGCUGCAUGCCAAGCUGCGGCGUUCGGCAGGCGUGCUGGCGCAGCGUGACGCGCAGCUGGCAGACGCGCAACGGCGGUCGGCCGACGCGCUGCAGCAUGCGCUCGACGCUGCCAAGGCCAACCCGGACUCGGUCUCACGAGUCCACGACGCUAUGGCGGUCUCGGACUCGAAGGAUGUACAGAUCGAGAUCCUGACGGCCAAGGCCCGCGACACAGACGCCAUCACCCUCGACCUGCUCGAGUUCCUCAAGUCGUGCGCUCCGCAGCGCGUGUCGGCCUACCAGCAGGAGAUCCCGGUCCCGCAGCGGACCGCCGGCCCGCGCAUGGUCCAGAAGGCGUACGAGCCGUCGACCAUGUAUUCGCUGCCGGCUUCGGCCCGCGCACCGCCGUCGGCCGCCGGCACAUAUGCCUCGGGCAACGGGCCGUCGACCUAUGCGUCGGCCGCAAGCUCUUCGGCCGCGCCGCAGCCGCGCUACGCCCCGGUCAAGGAGGAGAACUGGCAAGACAAGGCUGCCGAGCUUGAUGCGCAGCUGGCGAGCCUCAAGGCUCAGCAGCAGCAGCAGUACGGCCGCUGA